AUGCCAUUUCGCUUCGGUUCUGUCACUCUCACCGCUGAUCCGCUGCAGAUAGGCGGCUUUGGCGGUCGAGCUGGGCCGCGUAAAAAGUCCGAUCGCGAUCGGCAACACUGUGUUCGGGCAGAUCAGCAAAUCAGCCACCACUCGGAGGCAGCGAGUCUGGAAGCCGCUCAGGAUGCCAUCUCCGGUCCGGUGACCACGGGCCAGUUCAGCUGUUCCUCCUCCAGUUCGGCCUGCUCUAGCAUCUGUCGUGUCCUGCUCACAGGGCAGCUCUGGCUCGAUGGAAAGACCGGGGUCAAGAGGGUCUGGAAAAGGAGGGACAAUUUUGAGCAAAAGGAAGACACUCUUUUCAUUAUUGAAGCCUUCCUUCCGAGAAAGAGCGGGCACCGGGUUGCAGCGAUAAUGUGGAGAGAAGAUUAA